AAGAGCCGCGUUCAAAAUUUCAAAACAUUGACAAAAAUAUUAAAAUAACUUUUUCAAUAUAUAAAAGAAAUUUUGUGAGUUAUAAAAAAAUAAAAACACAACUUAUUUAAAAAAAUUUAAUUAACCAAAAAUUAAAAACAGAGAUUUAGUUUUAACGAACCAGUUUCUGAGUGAACCAAGAGGUCAAUAUACAGCCACGCCUCAUUGAACCACAAAGUGUACAUGCUUACAUACAGGAAAAUAUUAAAAUCACUUAAACGAAUAAAUAACUUGCGAAGCUUUUAAUAGCCAACAACAAGACAUACAUUAUUAAAGCGUAAAAGCAUAAAACUCAACUGACAGCUGUCAACUGUCCAUCGGCAGCAAAUCAGUCAAGUGCAAAGCCCUUAACGAAAUUCGAUACCACAAAAAUGUGGCGGCAACGACUACCAACGACGGUGACGGUGAAUAGCAUAACAUUGAUCAUCUUUAGCAGCUCAUUGUUGUUAUUUAAUUGCAUGCAAACAGCAGGUGAGGCAACGGCACGCAUGACAGCUGAGGGGGGUGAAAAGAUUGAGGGCGAUAAAAUAAAUGAGCGCGACAAAGCGGAAGCGCUGACGACAAUUUGGCCAGGCAGCAGUACAGUGACGCGUGUGAUGAGUACUACGGAAAUAAAAAUCAUAAAUACUGUAACGCCGAGUCCGCAGUCAAGCGCGCAGCAAAUGUGGACCGAUAUACGCACUGUAACGCCACGAAAUAUACGUAAUACCACUAGCAUGUCAGCGGCAAACAAUAGUUCUCACGCUCAUGCAGCUCUGACCGGCCGACAUUCACAACGCAGACGCACUUUCUAUGAACACUGCAUGGCACAUCGUAAUUCACUCGCCGAUCUGGCCACUCUUAUACUCUACUCGCUCGUAUGCCUUAUCGGCAUCUUUGGUAAUACGCUCGUCAUUUAUGUCGUGGUGCGCUUUUCGAAAAUGCAAACAGUGACGAAUAUCUACUUACUCAAUUUGGCGAUCGCCGACGAGUGCUUUCUCAUCGGUAUACCGUUUUUAUUGUAUACCAUGCGUAUUUGUAGUUGGCGCUUUGGCGAUUACAUGUGUAAAGCUUAUAUGGUUAGCACUUCGAUUACACAGUUCACGUCAUCCAUCUUUCUACUGAUAAUGUCUGCUGAUCGUUAUCUCGCAGUUUGUCAUCCGAUCGCCUCAACGAAAUACCGCACACAACGCAUCGCUAAGAUUGUAUCGGCCAUAGCAUGGCUGACCUCAGCUGUACUAAUGCUGCCAGUCAUACUCUAUGCGAGCACUGUUAGUCAAGAGGAUGGCGUGAAUCUCUCUUGUAAUAUAGAAUGGCCCGAAACGUAUAAAAGGCAUUCGGCGACCACCUUUACGCUUUACACAUUCUUUCUUGGUUUCGCCACGCCACUCAGUUUCAUUUUAUGUUUUUACUGUUUGGUCAUACGUAAGCUACAUGCGGUCGGCUCGAAGCACAAGUCGAAGGAGAAGAAGCGUUCGCACCGCAAGGUGACGCGCCUUGUGCUUACCGUCAUUACUGUUUAUAUAUGCUGUUGGCUGCCGUAUUGGAUAUCACAGGUGGCGCUCAUCAACUCUAAUCCCAUGCAAAGUCAACUCUCACGACUUGAAAUACUCAUUUUCUUGCUACUCUGCUGUCUGGUUUACUCCAACUCUGCUGUAAAUCCGAUACUCUAUGCCUUCCUUAGUGACAACUUUCGUAAGAGCUUUUACAAAGCUUUCACUUGUAUGACUAAUCAUGAAGUCAACGCUCAACUGCAGGCCGAGCCGAGUUUGUUGGCAAAACAGAGCAACAGCAAACAUCGGCAGACUCGUCUGUUCAACGCUAACGAAAAUGAGCCACAUUGUAUAGCAACAACAGGCGCAAAUAACAGUUCGUCGGUUACUACUUCUUCGACAACCAUAGCGCCAGCGGUGGGCGAGAAAGCGUCUGCUCUGCUGUUGGCAACUACAACGGCAUCCACAGAUAGCACCGCUGGCAUCACCACUGUGACACUGCAGCCGAAUGGACGCACAACGGUGCGCGCGUCCACGAUUGAGGGUGAAGAGAUGAUACUAGUGCUUGAUCAUGAGCGUCCAAUGUGCGCGCUAGUGGAGCGUGAUGACGUGGUUAGAAAGGUGCUGCAGACGGAUUUGUAGACGCCGGUUGUAAGUUUAAACUUUUAAGCGUUUUGCACAAAAUUCAAAAAUCAGUAGUCAUAGAUUGGUCUAUAAUUAAUUUUUACUUUUAAACAAAAGUAGAACGUUUAUCUUUAAAUGUCAGUUGUUUGAAAGACACAAAAUAAUAUAAAACAAAUCAAUUUUUGCCUAAAUGCAUGCUUCAAAAUAGAAACGAGCUUUUAAUUUGUUGUAUCCAUUGCAACCUGUGGAAAUUUGUGAAAUGAAUUUGUUGUGAAAAAUUAUAUAAUUCUACUGCCGGCAUGAGAUAAUAAAUUAUUUAUUAAUAAUUAUGAAUCAUGCAAAAUAUACUAUUUUAUUCCAAAACUUUAGUAACUUUCACCCAAUAAAACUAUGAGAAAAUAAUAUUAAUAUAUACAGGAAAUAAAGCAAAUUACUAAAAAGUUAAGUAACUCUAGAACAAAGUUCUACAUAAUAAUGAAAACUUCAACACAUAAUGAAAACAUAGAAUAUUUUUGACGUUCCCUAGUAAAAGCACCGACUCCCGAACAAUUGUUGGUAACUUUUGGCCACAAAUUUCCCUAAAAGUAUUCAACACUACUAAUACUUUAUGUCAUAUCCCUUAAAUGUUGUCAGUCCAAAAUUUUUUAACAUAAAUCAACAAACCUUUUUGGUCAAUAUCGCAAAUUUUUAAUUAAGACUGAGAAAAUAAACUAAAUUUCAAAAAAAUUAAAUUUUUAUUGAAUUUUAAAAAUUAUAACUUAUUUAAAAACAAAAACAUCUAUAAAAUCUUACUUAUUCGGCCUAUUGAGUAUGUG